AUGUACACCACUAUAACCGUCCUAACCCUAACCUCCCUAAUCCUCCCCAUUAUCACCACCUUUAUUAAACCCAACAAAAAAAGCUUAUACCCACACUACGUAAAAACAACCAUUGCCUCCACCUUCAUAAUUAGUCUAUUUCCCACAACAUUAUUUAUAUGCACAGACCAAGAAACUAUCAUCUCAAACUGACAUUGAACUGCAACCCAAACACUAGAACUCUCCCUAAGUUUCAAAUUAGACUAUUUCUCCAUAAUAUUCACCCCUAUCGCACUAUUUGUCACCUGAUCCAUUAUAGAAUUCUCACUAUGGUACAUACACUCAGACCCAAACAUCAACCAAUUUUUCAAGUACUUACUCAUUUUCCUCACCACAAUACUAAUUCUAGUUACCGCUAACAACCUAUUCCAACUUUUUAUCGGCUGAGAAGGUGUAGGAAUCAUAUCCUUUCUUCUCAUUGGCUGAUGAUACGCCCGAGAAGAUGCCAAUACCGCAGCUAUCCAGGCAAUCCUAUAUAACCGCAUCGGCGACAUCGGCUUCAUUCUAGCCCUAGCAUGAUUCCUCUUCCACACCAACUCAUGAGAACCACAACAGAUACUCCUCCUAAACACCAACUCUAACCUCCUCCCACUAGCAGGCCUUCUUCUAGCAGCAGCAGGAAAAUCAGCCCAACUUGGACUCCACCCCUGGCUUCCCUCAGCCAUAGAAGGCCCAACUCCCGUCUCAGCCCUACUCCAUUCAAGUACCAUAGUCGUAGCCGGAGUUUUCCUACUUAUCCGCUUCCACCCCCUAACAGAAAGCAACCAAUCAAUCCAAACCCUUACACUAUGUCUAGGUGCCAUCACCACCCUAUUCACAGCAAUCUGUGCUCUAACACAAAAUGACAUCAAAAAAAUCGUAGCAUUCUCUACUUCUAGCCAACUGGGCCUAAUAAUAGUCACAAUUGGUAUCAACCAACCGUACCUAGCAUUCCUACAUAUCUGCACCCACGCCUUCUUUAAAGCCAUAUUAUUUAUAUGCUCCGGAUCCAUUAUCCACAACCUCAACAAUGAACAGGACAUCCGAAAGAUAGGAGGCCUAUUCAAAACGCUACCCCUCACCUCAACCUCCCUAACUAUUGGUAGUCUCGCACUCACAGGAAUGCCCUUCCUUACAGGUUUCUACUCCAAAGAUCUAAUUAUCGAAACCGCAAAUAUAUCAUAUACCAACGCCUGAGCCCUGUCCAUAACUCUCAUUGCCACCUCCCUAACAAGCGCCUACAGCACCCGAUUAAUUCUCCUCACCCUAACAAACCAACCCCGCUUCCCAACCCUGACCAAUAUCAACGAAAACAACCCCACUCUAUUAAAUCCCAUCAAACGCCUAACAAUCGGAAGCCUCCUUGCAGGCUUUCUCAUCAUUAACAGCAUUCCCCCUACCUCCCCCUCCCAAACAACAAUUCCACUCUACCUAAAAUUAACAGCCUUAAGCAUCACCUUUCUAGGUUUCCUAACAGCCUUUGAUCUCUAUCUCCUAACCAACAAACUCAAAAUAAAAAACACCUCCCACAUAUUCCAUUUCUCCAACAUACUAGGAUUUUACCCCAGCACUAUCCAUCGCACUAUCCCCCAUGCAAGCCUUCUCAUAAGCCAAAACCUAGCAUCACUUCUACUAGACCUGGCCUGACUAGAAAAAUCAAUACCCAAAGCCAUCUCACACCACCAAAUCUCUGCUUCCAUUACUAUCUCUUCUCAAAAAGGCAUAAUCAAACUAUAUUCCCUCUCCCUUCUAAUCCCACUCUUCCUAGCCCUCCUUCUAAUCAUAUAA